UCCGGCAUCAGCUGUUCUACUCCUUCGUUGCCGAAGAUCGGGCUUGAGUAUUGUCGGCACGAUGAAACUUUGCGUGUAACAAUGACAUUCUGUGACAGUUACAAUUAAAAACGUUUACAAUUAAAAAAACGCAAGAUUUCGCUUAUUAUUUUUGUUUUAUAUAUAACUGAAAGUGAAAUAUGAAUUUGACAAAGAUAUUUGGAGUUUCGAGAGGUGCGAAAUGCGCUCUCGAUAGAAGAUCGCACGUGCCGUUAUUCGGUAAUAUAAACACGCAAGCGAGAUGUAAGAGCGGUGAUAUAAAGCUGAAGAGGCCUAAGGCCAUCGAGACGAGUAGAUAUACAAAAUCGGAGGAAAAAACUGGACUAUACGGAUAUUGCUUGUUGGGAGUACCUAUCGCCACUUUUGCACUCGGCACAUGGCAAAUUAAGAGAUUAUGGUGGAAGUUGGAUCUAAUAGAAACUCUAAAACAACGCACUGCAGCAGAGCCAAUCGAUUUGCCGUCCAGCUUAAGUGAAUUAAAAGACAAGGAAUAUUAUCGUAUGAAAGUGAGGGGCAAAUUUUUAUAUGAAAGAGAAUUUUUGAUAGGACCAAGAAGCCUGAUUCUCAAUGGGCAGGCUGUUAGCGAGAAAGGUGGCGGAAUAUUUUCACGCAAAGGAAGCACAGGAUAUUACGUGAUUACACCUUUCAAACUGGAGGAUCAGGACGUGACUAUCAUGGUGAAUCGUGGUUGGAUUCCUAAAAGUGAUCGCUCAACGUUCAAAAUGGCAAAUAGGAUUACAGAUCCCGUAGAAAUUGUCGGCGUUAUCAGAGCGACCGAAAAGCGACCGCCGUUUGUGCCUGACAAUACUCCUUCAAAAGGUGUAUGGCAUUUCAGAGAUAUAGAUGCGAUGGCAAAGGUAGCAGAAGCAGAGCCCGUGUACAUAGAAUUAUUGGCCGAGUACGGUACUCCUCAAGGUCCGAUCGGAGGCCAGACGAAAGUAAAUUUAAGGAACGAACACCUGAGUUAUAUAAUCACUUGGUACUCAUUGUCUGCCUGCACGAGCUACAUGUGGUUCCGACAGUUUGUACAGAAAUUACCUCUUCUUUAAACUUCUUUAAAGUGUAGUUAGAUAUUUACUUGAUAUAUAUGCAAACACAAAAGAGAAUAUAGAAAUUAUAUGUAAUUAUAUGUAUAUUAUAAUUAUUACAUAUAAUUAUGUAAUAAUAUAUGUCAUAAUUAUUUUUUAAUUGCGAUUAUACAUUUCUUACAAUUCGUAUCCUAAUUCCGAUUGUAUAUUUUAUUUUAUUUUUUUUUUCACGUCUUUAUGGAAAAUUCAAAUGAAACGAUGUUGCUGAAACUUGUGCGAAAUGAACGGGUGCGAAACUGGAAAGAAAAA